AUUUUAAUGCGAUUUUUGUAACGAUUUUUGCGCAAACACGAGAAAUUCCCAUAAAAUUUGCAAAAAGUUGCCAUUUUUACGUUUUUUCUCGACAAUUUUAGACGAAAACCCAACAGAAACUUUAUGGAACCACCGACCGGCGAUAGUUUUAUGAAAAACGAACACAAACGUAAAGUUCCGUCGUACAUUCAGCCACGAGAUCCCUCCAUUGAUCGUCGUUAUCGUCCCUGUCCCAAGCGUCAAGUCAAUCUGGAGCGCGUAAUACAAGAAGAAGAGCUCAACGGGCUCGAUAUCGAUCUCACUGAAGACGAAGAAGAUGAAAAAUGCAGCUCGGAGGAGAACAAAGUUGCGGUUUAUUUGCGACUUCGCCCGCAUCCGCAAACAGAUCGUGCGAAAUAUCACGUGCGGGAAAAUGAUUUUGUCGUUGUGGGCGAAGAAGGGGGCACCGCAAAGCGAGAAUUGACGGAGAAGCACUAUUCGUUCAGUAAAAUAUUCGGAAAUGCAGUGAGUCAGAGUGAAAUUUACGAAAAUUGUAUUCGGGCGCACUUGAAUGAUGUCACAACGGAUGUUGGAGCUACUUUUUUGACUUACGGCACUUCGGGUUCAGGCAAAACCUUCACCCUCUUAGGAUCCGACAACGAUCCCGGCAUUGUCGCACGUAGCAUCGAGCAAAUUUUCACGCAAUACGGUCGCUACAUCUCCGAUUUUCCCAUGAUCAAAGUCGAUCGUCGUAUCGACCAAGUUUCCAUGCUAACGGAUGACGCUGCGCAAAACGAAGUUGCCAUCACGGAAUUCAUCAAGGGUCAAGUCGACAACGUUUCGCCCCGAAAUUACCAGAAUCUCUACGAAAUUAUACAAAAAGCGCAUCUUUUCGAGGAAACGCAAGAUCCGAGCAUCGCCUCCAUCAACGUUUGGGUCUCGUACGUCGAAAUUUACAACGAAAAAGUGCGCGAUUUACUGGAUGUCGACGAAACACAGGCGAAUCUCCAAAUUAUCUCGAAUGACGGCGAAUCCUUCAUCAAGAACGUGCAAUGGGUAUUCGCGCCAAAUGCCGAAACGUGUCACGCCAUCAUGGAAUUCGGAUCGCUUCGUGCGAGUUACGGACAAACGGCGAUUAACGAUUGCUCGAGUCGAUCUCACAGCGUUUUUUACAUCAAUGUCGUGACGAUUACGAAGCAAAAUGAAGUUUCGUACGCGAAUUAUAAAUUUUGCGAUUUAGCGGGCAGCGAACGAGUGAAAAAAGCUGAGACGCAAGGAGGGCGCUUGAAAGAAACGCAAAAAAUUAACACGUCUCUGAUGACUCUCGGAAGAUGCCUGAGUGCCGUGCAUGCGAACCAAAAAGCAAAACGCAUCGUCGAAGUUGUGCCAGUUCGCGAUUCAAAGCUCACACUGUUGAUUCAAGCAGCACUUACGGCACGCGAACGCUUAACAAUGAUCGUCAAUUUGCUCCCGAUCACGGAAUAUUACGACGAAAAUAUGAACGUUCUCGCAUUUUCCUCCAUCGCCAAGCAGAUUCACGUCCGGAAACCCGAAACGCGCAUGGCUAAGAGACAAUCGAUGCGUUUCUCGUAUUCGAUAAAUGCAUUUACGAGUCCCACACGGCACAAAGUUGACCAUGUCGAGUGCGAAUUGGAACGAGAACGUUUAAACGACGAAAUUGCACAUCUCCAAGAGGAAUUAAACCUCGCCAAUGCUCGUCUCUUCACGCAAGAAAUGGAUAUUCGCAACUCGAUCGUUCAAAAUUAUGAAGAACUGUUGAAAAAACGUGACAUCGAGAACAAACGGAAAAUCGAAAGUGCAAAGGAAGCAGUUUCUCGCCCGUUUGAGGCUCGAGUGAAUAUGUUGAAGCGCAAAAUAGUCAAUUAUGAGGAAGAUAUCGAAGAAUUGACCGACAAAUACGAAGAUCUGGAAGAAAAAUAUCAAAAAUUAAAGAAAUGGGCUUUAAAAAACGGGCUUGAAAAUGGGGAGGCAAAAGCUAUUUGUAAAGAAGAAGAAGUCGAAGAAAUUUUGUAAAAAUUCUUUAAUAAACUUGUAGAUUUUGUUAAGUUUUGUAAUGUA